AUGACCUCUGACAUUGAGUCCAAGCUUGUUAGCCUUGGCCACCUUGCUGGUCAACUUGGCGGAUUUGUUGGUCAAAGUGAGAGUGUUAAGCAAGCCGUUGUGAAGGCUAUAGACAUCCUUACUGAACGGCAAAAUAAGUGUAAAAACUCAAAAAAUGUUUCGCAUAAUCUUGAUUGUCAAGAUCCUUCGAAUUGUCAUGACAUCACUCAGCAGAUAGAGAAACUUGAGAGCCUUAAAAAUGCAAGUGAAAGCAACAAAAAUAAUCCAAAUGAAUUGCUUAAUAAUCUGUGUGACGGCCUCGAAACUUUCCUCGGCUUCAACUCUACUUCCAAAGGCUACGAUGGCCAGGGGAUUGUGUACUCUGACCUUGACAGGCUGUGUGAUGCGGUGAUGGGAUUUUUGAGUGGUGUUCUCAGCAACAUCAAAGACCAUUUAGGGCAACAUAAAGAUACUUUAGAUGUUGCAAUUGACACUCUUAACAAAAAUAAACACGCCGGUAAAAAAGGUUUUAAUGAAGCGAUUGGAAGUGUGGUCGCAGGGGUGGGGAGGUAUAAUGGUAAUGUAAAAACAUCCAAUGACCUUGUUAAAACGGCAAUUAAAAAACUUCAGAGGGACAUGAAAAACUAUAAAAAAGAAGAGUUACAAACUAACUUGCCAAAUAACAUAGAUCCAAAAAGGCCUACGGCAUCCACCCAAGAGAGUGUCGAGAAGGCAAUGUCCUUGGUGGAGCAGUGUCAAAAAUUUGCAAAAGAAUUUAUUAGAGCUGUUGACAUUAAAACAAAAACAGAUGCAACAAAAAAUGCAAUAAAAGACUUAAAUCCCAAAUUGCGUGAUACAAUUGAGAACGUGCGUAAGAAUAUGCAGCAUGAGAGUAAGCGUCUUAAAGAGUUGUCUAGUAAAGAGAGUAAGGAUUUAGAGGCAACGGAAGAUAAAAUUAAGAAGACGUUGAGCAGUUUGAAAGUGAACGUGGACUGUAGAAUUGAUGCGCAAAUGAAGGAGUUGAUUAAAAAGUUGAGUGAGAGGGUGCAGAAGAUUUUGGAUAAGUUAAAGGGUAUCGAGAAAAAACUGCUGGGUUAUGUUAAAGAGUUGUAUACGUGGCUCGAAGAUGCUAGAAAGUUAAUUAACGAGGCAGAUAAAGAGGUUGACAUAAUUUUGAAACAGGUUAAUGAACCAGCAGUGGGGGAGACUAAUGAUAAGAAAAAAAUUGAGGAAAAAGUGCAAACAAUUAGCGACGGUCUUGAUACUAGAAUUGUAGAGUUGACUAAGUGGAAUGCUGCGGGCACGGAGGCUGUGAAACUGGCGAAGGAGAAGUGUACGCAGAUUGGUGGGAUGGUUGAGACUACAAAUAAUGUCGAUAAAACUAAAAUUUAUGGGUUAGCAAGCGAUAUGAAAGAUAAGGCUGAUAAACUUCGUGAGGCGGCGAAACAACUUAAAAAUCAGAUAGGUACAUGGGUGCAAAGAGCGCUUGCGCAGGUGAAAUCUAUGGACGCUGCGCUUAAAGGGGAUUUGUACAAGGUGAAGGAUGCUGUUAGUAGGCAGGUGACGGGGAUUAAAAAUAAGAUAGGGGAGCUGUACGAGACUGUCUUCGGGAGAACAGGCGCAGGAAAAAAUAAUCAAGGCAUCGAGAAUGUAUUAAAGCAUGUAAAAGGUCAAGUUGGCAGCAUCAGGGGAAAUACUGGAGAAACAGGAAGAUUAUCCGGACUCCAAGGAGUUACAAAAAAAGUAAGCGACUAUGUUAAUAAAUUUACCGAUUCCAAUAUUGAAAAUACAGUACAUGGGUGGAUGGAGAGCAGUGUGUUGAAUGUAUUAGGAGCUGUCGAUGGGUCUCUCACAAAAUACGUUACAUAUAACCAAACGUACGGUUACUAUAAAAUUAAACAGCAAAAGGAGGCGCAGGAUAAAGUCAAGAAAAUAAUUUUCGAUCACAUCAAGCCGAAGCUUACGCAGGAUAUUAAGCAAUGCGCCUCACAUGUGAAGAAAAAUGUUACCGAUUUAAAAGAAAAUCUCACAAAUGUGGCCUCUUGUCUUGAUGAGUUGGCUAAGAAACUUGAGAACAAAAUAAAAAUCGGCGAUAUCAAGGGAGAUGAAAUAAUUCGGAAGAUUGAACACGAUACGGAGUUGGUAUAUGAGGACAAACAAACGUAUCAUUACAAAACCGACCUCUACAAUGCUGUUGACGGCAUCCUUCAUCAGCUUGUCGGCAUGGCCAAGCAAGUUGCGAACGAACUUAAAACAUUGCUGCUUAGCAAUCCCAGUCCUAACAUUGCCUCAAUGGUGCAGGGGUCAUUGAAUACGGCCAAUGACUUUUACGAAAAACUCGAAAAAGUGCUUAAACUAGGUACCCAUGCCGCCGGCACCAACUACGCCGCCGCCGUAGACGCUGCGAUCAACAAGGUUACGGAGACGCUCGACACGGAGAUCGGGAGUAGUGACAGAAGUAAAAGUACUGUCACACUCACGGAGGAGUCAAAAAAGUUCGAAGGUUACAAACGUCACGUCUCUCAACCGAUGAAAUCUGAACAACUAACCGGCACCACCGAGGAAGGCUCCCUCCCCGCGGCGAUCGGUGAGAUUAAGACAAAUGUGACGACCAAGCUUAACAAUGGGACCCUCGGAACAGAAAUUGAUAGCGACGAAACUUUCAAAUCCCCCUUCGAAUCAAUCACCACCAAACUCAAAGAAAUCGCCGGGCUGGUUGACAGUGACAAACCUACGCCGAAAUCAAGUGACUCGAAGACCGGUAUUACCAAUUACCUGGACGAUAUGGGAAGAUGCUUGGCAAGGAUCCUGUUAACC